GAUAAUCAUAACACCUCUCUUCUCCCAGAAUUCCACGCCUCAAUUCUUUCUUUCUUUUUGUUUCUUUCAUUCUCUUCUAAUUCCACCAGCCCCCCUUUUCCUUUCCUUCCUUCCAUUUUGCUUUUCUUGAUUUCUCUCUCUUUCCCUUUUCCCUCUCUGUCUAAUUUGUCUCCUCUCCCACGCCUUGAAAAUUGAGAUAUCAUACUUUCAUUCCUAUACUAUACUAUAGUCCUACUAAGCUACUAUUUGUAAAAUAAAUUCAAUAAGCCUAGUCAACCUCUCAUGUUUUGUACAUGACUUUGUUUCAAUUUAAACUAACACCAUUCCUUCUUCUUUCUUUGUCUCCUUCUCUCUCUCUCUCUCUCUCUCUCUCUCUCUUUCUGUCUCUAUUGUUACACAUCUCUUUCUCCUGAAUCUUGCCAAAUUCCUUGUGUUCAGCUCCCCCCUCCCUUAAAAGUCACCCCAUUUCAUUCUCUCUUUUACUUUUUUUUUUACCAUCACCAAACAUAUAUGCCUUUUCUUACUUUUAACCUUGAAUGAACAACUAAUAACCUUGAUCUUACUAAAAAAUUCACCUUCAUUCUCUCCUCUAAGCUCACUUUCACUCUUUCCCUUUUUGAUAGAACCAUUUUCUUAAUUUUCCCAGUAAAGACAAAAAAUGUGGAUGAUGGGAUACAAUGAUGGAGGAGAUUUCAACAUGCCAGAUUCAUUCAAUGGCAGAAAUCUUCGUCCACUUAUGCCAAGAGUACCUCAUGCUCCUAUUGCUACUGCUACUAAUCCCACUAAUUGCUUAAGAAACGUUCAUGGAGACAACUUUAUUGCACUUAAUCAUCAUCAUCAGCUUGCUAUGAGUGAACAAAAUAAGAGAGAUUUCAACAGGCAACAAUUAGUUGUGAGCUCACGUUGGAAUCCAACUCCAGAACAACUGCAAACCCUUGAGGAGUUGUAUCGACGUGGCACUAGAACUCCUUCAGCUGAACAGAUUCAACACAUAACGGCACAACUUCGACGUUAUGGGAAAAUUGAAGGCAAGAAUGUCUUUUACUGGUUUCAAAAUCACAAGGCUAGGGAACGCCAAAAGCGACGCCGUCAACUUGAAUCCGCUGCUAAUGCUGGUGGUGGUGGCGAUGAUCAGUCUCAUAGUAAUUGUAACGCUGAGAACCCCGAAAGGAAAGAAUCAGGAGCAAAUAGAACAGUUUUUGAAAUUGAACAGACCAAGCACUGGCCUUCCCCAACAAACUGCAGUACUCUUUCAGAGAAAACUGUAGCAACAACAAAGGCAGGAGUGGCAGAAUGUAGAGGAGCAGAAAGAUGGAUACCAUUCGAUGAAGGAGAACAAAGAAGGACCCUAUUAACAGAAAGGAAUGCCCCGUGGCAGAUGAUGCAUUUAUCUUGUUCACCCCCCACCAACACCAACACCACCCAUCUCAUGAAUAACAAUUCUACAACAAUGAGUAGUAAUACUAUUACUACUAAUAUUCCGUUAAUAAGUAACUGUCCAUCAACACCAAGAACAAUGGAUCAUCAUCAGCCAAAGCGACUCCUAAAAGCCAAAGAUCAUCUUAACAUCUUUAUAGCACCUUUCGGAGUGGAUGAUCAUAAGCACGAAAAUAUCGAAAACAUUCUUGGAGAUGAAGUCCAUGGUGAAUCACAGACACUAGAACUGUUUCCUCUCCGCAGCAGCAACGACAACAGCGACGAAAAUAAUUUUUCAGAGAAGGACGAAAUAGGGGCCGCUGCAAAUUCGAACAACAACUUUAGCGGUAGUAAUUACCAGUUUUUUGAGUUCCUUCCACUCAAGAACUAAGGAAUUAGUUAUGGUUGUUUGGCUAUUUAUGUAACUUAAAAUUAAUGAUGGGAUUUUUUCCCUAUUAGUAAUUAAUGAUGUGGUUAAUUCAAUGAUGUAUCGUUUCGCGAAAUGAGAGAUUGUUUUAAAAUGCAUUUGGACCAUGUUAUUUGCAUCCAUGAAAUCAAUGUUUUACUCCCUCGGUUCA